AUGCUUCAGUGUUCCAGCUGUGAAAAGCCUAUUCUUGAUAGGUUCCUGCUCAAAGUUUUGGACAGACCAUGGCACAUCAAAUGUGUCCAGUGCUGCAAAUGCAAAUGCACUUUAUCAGAGAAGUGUUUUUCAAGGGAGGGGAGACUGUAUUGUAAAAAUGACUUCUUUAGGACGUUUGGGACCAAGUGUGACGGUUGCGCCCAAGGGAUUUUACCCAGUGAUCUUGUCCGCAGGGCCAAGAGCAAAGUGUUUCACCUGAACUGUUUCACGUGCGUGAUGUGUAACAAACAGCUGUCCACCGGAGAGGAACUGUACAUCCUGGACGAAUUCAAGUUUGUUUGUAAGGAGGACUAUCAGAAUAACAAUGGAAAAGACACAAUCCUCCUGGCAGUCACGACGUGCAGCGACCCGAGUCUCUCUCCGGACUCCCAGGACCCGCAGGACGACGGGAAGGACUCGGAAACGGGACAUUUGUCCGAUAAAGACAACAACAACGAGAACGACGAGCAGGGGACCGUCGGCAAGCGACGCGGGCCUCGGACCACCAUAAAAGCCAAGCAGCUGGAGACCCUGAAAGCGGCUUUCGCAGCCACGCCGAAACCCACCAGACACAUCCGAGAGCAGCUGUCACAGGAGACCGCUCUCACCAUGAGAGUCAUCCAGGUUUGGUUCCAAAAUCGGAGGUCCAAAGAGAGACGCAUGAAGCAGCUGAGCUCUCUGGGCGGCCGGAGACACGUGUUCUUCCGCGGCCAGAGGAGGAUGAGGGCGCUGGGAGAGAGACUGGAGGCAGAGGAGCUGGGACACUUCUCUUAUUAUGGAGACUAUCCUGGUGAAUAUUAUGGCUCCGGAGGGAAUUAUGAGUACUACCAAGGCCCGCCAUCGUCCCAUGCUCAGACUCCAGGAGACUUGGGCUUUGUGCCCUCCUCUGUCCCUGCUGGCACCCCAUUAGGAGUAAUGGACCACCACCAUCCAGGGCACCACUGUCCCGGAGAGGUGCACUGUUUCUCUGAUACCGUCUCUCACCAUCCUGCGGACUCACCCAGUCCAGAGCCCAAUAUGCCGGGCUCAAUGCACAGCAUCUCCAGCGAGAUGUGUGGCCCCAGCACACCCUACACGACUGUGUCCCUCAGUGACAACGGAUACACCAACCAGCUGUCACAGCCCUCCUCAGAAAUGAGCGAAGGCACUGUCUGGUAA